UUCUUUUUUUUUUUCCCCGUUCUUUGGUUUGAAUCUUCAGUGCCUUCCUCUUGUGCUGGACACUCCAAACAAGCCAAACCCAAAGAACUCGUCCUUCUUUCUUCAACAACAACAAACAAACAAAAAGAGUCAUCAUGACGAUCAACCUGACGCCCGAGGAGGAGAAGAGCUACGUCGCACUGCUGAGCGAGCUGCCCGACAGCGUCGCGCCCGCCGCGGCUGCUGCCUUCUUCCGCCGCUCGGAACUGCCGAUGCCGGUGCUGCAGAAAGUGUGGGAGCUGAGCGCCCCAAAGUCCGGCGCCGAGUACAACCGCCAGGCGCUGCUUGUUGCACUGCGGCUGAUCGCGCUUGCCCAAGCGGGCAUUGAGCUCACUCCGACGUCGCUCGGCAGCAUGCGCCCGCCCGCGUUGCCGCGCCUCUCUGGCAGUGGCAGCGGCAGCAGCACCGGUACCCGAUCGGCAGCGUCCGGGUCCGCGCCCGCAGCCGGCCCCGCCUGGGACGUCCCCCUGGCCAACAAGCACAGCUACGAUUUGACCUUCCAGCGCGGCGCUCCCGUCAACGGCAAGCUCUCUGGCGAGAAGGCCCGCACGAUUUUCGUGCAAUCUGGCCUGCCCGCAGAAAUCCUCAAGCAAAUCUGGGACCUGGCCGACAUUGAUCGCGAUGCACACCUCGAUGCGGACGAGUUUGCCGUUGCCAUGCACUUGGUGACAACCAAAUUGCAGAACGCUGCGUUCACCAUCCCGGCCACCCUGCCGGCUUCCCUCGUGCCUCCAUCGAAGCGCGGAGGCGUCGCACACAGCUCGGCCACGCCCGCUGCUGGCUCGCCCGCCGCUGGCGCUUCCGACUGGCCGCCGGCUGCCGACAAGGAUCGCUUUGCCGUGUACUUCAAGGAGGCCGACAAGGACCUUGAUGGGUUUGUCUCUGGUGUCGAUGUCAAGGAUAUCUUCAUGAAGUCUGGUCUUCCAAAUCCUAUUCUUGGUCAAGUUUGGCAAUUGGUCGACACGGACGGAACUGGUCGCAUCAACUUGGAAGAGUUUGUUCUUGCCAUGUAUCUCAUCGCCAAGCGCGUUCAGACUGGCGUCGACCUGCCUGCCGUCUUGCCCCCUCACUUUGUUCCGCCGUCCAAGCGACGUGGUGCCAGCGGCCCGUCGUCCGGCACCUCCACCCCGGCGCCCGUCCCCGCACCAAUCGUGAACAACCCCAACAUUCCCGAGGAAGUUUCUGCUUCCUUCAACAACACCAUGAAGCGGGUGGUCGCGGACAUGCCUCCCGUUCCGGACAGCGACUUUUCGGCCAUUCAGAUGCUCGACAAUCUGAGCAAGGAGGUCGAGUCUGCCGCCGCCCAGAAGGAGACGCUCGAGAAGGAAGUUCGCGAGAAGCAGUCGGCGUUGGCUGCGGCCGAGGCCGAGGCUAGCUCGGUGGAGGCACAGCUCGCCAACUCGGAGCGUCAACUGGCUGCCCUGCGCGAGCAAAAGGCCGAGCUCUCCAGCCAGAUUGAAACGCUCGAGUCGAGCCGUGCUGACAUGGAUGCCAAGCUCGAGAUUGCCAAGGCCGAGCUGGCCCAAGAGACUGCCGAGUUGGACAAGCUGCGCUCGGCCGUUGACGAGCAAAAGAUGACUUCCGUUCGCCAAGAGGAGGAGCUCCGCAAGCUGCGCAACGAAGUCGAGCAAGCGCAGCGCGAGCAAGCGCGCCUUCGCGAGCAGCUCGACACCGAAACCAAGACUGUGGCGCAGCUUGAGGCCAAGAUUGAGGAGGCCAAGUCGAACGCCUCGUCUUCGCAACACGAGGUCGACGAGCUCACCACCUCCAACUCGGCCCUGCAAAAGCAAGUCUCCGAGCAAGAGAAGCGACAGGCGUCCGAGCCCGUCAUCCCUGCCGCCGAACUCGCUGCUCUCUCAAAGCCUCUUCCUGCAGAGGAUGUCUUUGGCGACGAUCCUUUCGGAGGUAGCUCUAACCGCUCGACCAAGUCAACCUCAAGCAGCCACAAAGCUGGUGCUGGUGCUGGUGCUGCUGCUGCUGGCAGCGAUCCCUUCGGCGCUGCCGAUCCUUGGGGAGCAGGCGGCAAGGCCAGCACCGGUAGCGCGUUUGGCGAUGAUCCGUUUGCCAGCAGCAGCGAUCCGUUCGGCUCGAGCGGCGCAACCAAGGAGUCUGCCGAUCCCUUCAAGAACGACUUCUUUGGCAGCACCCCCAGCAAGGCAGCCGAUCCGUUCGGCGGCCCUGCCGGCAGCGGCGCUGGAUUUGAUAACGAUCCUUUCAGCUCGUCUACCGCGGCUGGCAAGUCUGACAACCAGUUUGGCAGCGACCCAUUCAGCAGCAGCAGCCACGCCGAUCCUUUCGGUGGCAGCGGCAAGUCGGACGAUCCUUUCGCCGCCCCGUCCAAGAAGUCAUCCGCCGCCUCUGCCGAUCCCUUCGCAGCCGGCGACGCGUGGGGCUCUGACCCCUUCGGCGGAUCCUCCACCUCCCGAAAAGGCCCCAACGCCUCCGAGGACGAUCCUUUCGGCGGACCGAUCUCUGCCCAUGCGGGCGAUGCUGCUGCCUCUGGCGAUAUCUUUGGUGAUGAUGCGUUCGGCGCCAAGCCUUCCAUGACGAUUGGCGAUGCUGACACCGAUUCGGCCGUGUAAUGUGUUUUCUGAAUCUGGCUAUUCUUCUCCAAUCGUGUUCCUUUCGGUUGUUUUGCGACUGCACUCGCCUGUUCAUUGUUUGUUGUCUUUGUGGUGUGUUUUCCGGGUGGAGUUCCAAAAUUCUGUCCAUCAUGCUUUGCUGUUCCGUGCUUAUCCCCCCCCCUUUCUCUGCUUUGGUUUUGUCAAAGAAUCAACAUUUUCCCUUC